GAACUGAACUGGCGUGGGAAGCAACUGUGGAAAAUGCAACGUGCUGCGCUCAUCUGUGUUUAUCUGUGCAUUUUUAUUGUGAAAUGUACGCACUGCUACAAGGAAAUACCCGGACUGAGCGGCAAGAUGUUCCCGAAGACGGCCACCUUCCACUUUCCGGAGUACGCCUACAAGGAGACCAGCAAGAAUGAAAUAACCUACCACGAACAGGAGGUGGCCUGUGAGGAGCACACCCAGUGCAUCAAUCUGAACGCGGACGUGUCCAAGAUCAACUGCAUAAGGCGCUGCAUAUCGUCAUCCUGCUACCAGGACAUCUAUGCCUUCAACGAGCUGGAGGAGGGUGAAAUCGAUGUGAGACUGAACUCCUUCAAGGGGUGUGUCAUCCAGAGAAUGUAGCAAAAGUCGCCGCUCCUGCACCAUUUAUAUCUCACGGAUUACCUGCAGGAGAUGCAAUGGAAGAUCACCGAAUACCUUCGCCAGUGGAUGCCCCUCACCUAACUGACCCUGACCCCCUACCCAUUGCCUUAAGGAGUGAAAGUAUUAA